CGUCAGACUAGCAGCAGAUAAGUAGCCAGCCGUAACGACCUCCGCGGCAGGAAUAUGAAACACUGCGACAGGUAACAGGCGCAGGAGGCCAGUGCUUUGUCAACGCCCUGAGAGAGCCUGCCACAGUUUGUUGUAAGCCCAUGAGGCCAUUUCUUAUGUGUGUGUGUGUUAGUACAGUCUAAGAUGUCUUCGAUUUUACUGCUGUUUCUUAGCUCUGUGUCGCUUAUUUAUGGACAACAAUUUACCCCUGUGUCUUUCAGGUUACCAUCACCGCCCACCCUCAGCGGGGCGCUCUCCCCCAACUACGCCCUCUACAACGUGGAGAAGCUUCACGAGAAUAAGAUCAGAGGACCGACAUCGUUUGCUUUUCUAAAUGGUAAUGUCUACACUGUGACGGCUGACAGAAAAGUGCUCAACAUCGCUCCAUGCAUACCACAAGUUGUUGUGUCUCUGGCAUUACCCGGAUGUUCGUCAGUCCAGCAGUGUGGGCUACUGACCAGCAUACGAGUGGACAACACAGGUCACCUGUUGGUGUUAGAUGCAUACAGGGGCGUGUACCGGGUCAACCCAACCACAAAGGUUAUUGAAACCUUGUACUCGUCAACGACGCCGGUGGGCGGGAGGACACCCAAAUACCUGAACGGCAUGGUUCAACAUCCGGACGGUUCCAUCCUGUUGUCUGACUCCAGCGACAGAUUCGACGCUGUCAACGAGUUGUACAUCAUUCUAGAGGGCAGGACUAGCGGCAGAAUUUUACACCUGAACCCCAACACUAAGGCCAUAAUUGAGAUGUUCAAGGACGGGUUUGCUUUCCCCAACGGCCUUGAGAUCUCACCUGACGGCCGGAGUCUGCUGGUGGCUGAAUCAGGCAGAGCGCGGGUACUCAGCAUCAGCUUGGUACCGGAGACCUUCCGGCAAGUCAGCGUUUUUGCCGACAACCUGCCUGGUGUACCUGGCAACAUCCGGCGUUCAGCGCGCGGGACGUACUGGGUCGGCCUGUCCUUGAUCCGUCAUGCUGGAAUGGCUAACUCCAUGGACAUGUACUCAGCCAAUCCCGCGGCCAGGCAACGAACUGUUUAUUCAGUAGAUUUGAACACGAUUAAAAGCUACUACCCACGGUACGGGAUGAUCGUAGAACUGGAUUCUACAGGCAAGAUUGUAGGCAGUCUCCAUGAUCCGACUGGCUUCACCUUCAGCUCCGUGUCUGAGGCCGCUGAGAACGAGGGCCUCUUGUACGUCGGCACCCCCAGUAACCCCUUCACUGGACGUAUCAUCCUGCCCCAGGGUGACGGGCGAAACGUCACGAUCGACAGUGUCAUUCAGGUCUUAAGAAGCCGCUGUCAGAUUAGCGAGGAGAAUUUAGCUCAAGCUAAAGAAACGCUCACCACUUACCUCAACAAGCUCAGCGCUGCUUCCUCUACAACUCCAGCUCCCACAACGGCUGCCGCUACCACCCCGGCUCCACCACCAGCUGCAAGCACCACCCCUACUGCCCCACCAGCCGCCACCACAACUGUUAAACAAGUUCCGUAGAACACACAACCCGGGCAGCCAUAGCAACCAGCCAACAUGGUUGAGUUGUCAAGUUUCCUGCUUGUCAAGUUUCCUGCUCUGUCAAGUUUGCUAUGGGUAGUCAUAGCAACAAGACGCAAAUAUCCGUAUGACUUAGUUUAUCGUAAUUCGAUAGGUUCCUUUAUAAAUAAGAAUUACCUGCAUACCUGGAUAACAGUUAUUAAUAUCUGUAAGCCAUCAUACAAACGUGUAUGUCUACAAUGUUAGUAUAUCACAUAUUGCCUUCAAUUUCCAUCUUUUUGUGUUUUCAUCUCGUAAGUAAAAAAAAAAACAACAACCAGAUACAUAAGCCACAUGCAAUGGUAUAUUCUGCUUGUGUGUCUUCCAUUAACUAAACCACUUGAUAAAGUUGUCUACCGUAUCACAUUACCUCCCUUCAUAUCGUCACUUGUGUUUUUCUAUUUCGCCAUGUUUGGUGCCUCUCACACUAUUUGAUUCAUUAAAAUGAUUAAAUUGUUGAAGAAUA